CUUCUAAUAUUACGGGUAGCCUUCGGAGGAAAACACAAUGGAUGCUUGUAAAAAAUAUUUAAUGUGAACGACGCUGAGAUUAAGUGACAGUGAGAGACAGUUUUAUUCGUGUUAGUCAGUCAUUCUUCAGUCCGGAUUAAUUAAUCUCAGUGAACUUCGAAGAUUCUCAGGCUAGUUUAGCUUGCUAGCUGCUAACAAAGAAACCCGCAAGUUAGCAACACAUCGCUAAGCAGAGAUCAAGUUUUGAGGAGGUCUCUCGAACAAAAGAGGAAAACGAGCGAUAACGUACUGGACGCUGUUUUCAAGAAGCCCCGAGUUGUGUUACUCAGAGCAGUCAUCUUCCCCUUCGAGCAGCAGGACUGGAACUCUAGGAUGGAGCAGAAGGAGCCACAGCCCCUACACAUGAAAGAGGAAGAGGAGGAGCCACAGCCCCCCCACAUUAAAGAGGAAGAAGAGGAGCCACAGCCCCCCCUAAUUAAAGAGGAAGAAGAGGAGUCACAGCCCUCCCACAUUAACGAGGAAGAGGAGUCACAGCUCCUCAACCUUAAAGAGGAAAAAGAGGAGCCACAGCGUCUCCACUUUAAAGAGGAAGAGGAGGAUCACAGCAUCAGUCAGGAGGGAGAGCAUCUUGAAGGUCUGGAGGAGUUUCCAGUGAUUGGUGUCACAGUGAAGAGUGAAGAUGAUGAAGGUGAAAGUGAGGAGAAGAGAGAGGUGGAGCCUCCAAGCAGCAGCUCAACUCAACACAUGACAACAGAAGCUGAUGGAGACCACUGUGGAGGAUCACAAGCACACAACCUCUUAGCUCCACUAUCAGAUAGUGACGACACAACGUCACACUCUCCUGACACUGAUGAUGAAGACUCUGAAGCUGAUAUGACAUGUCACACUGACAACACACGCUGGAAAUGCUCUCAAUGUGACAAAACUUUUGUUAAGAAGAGAAAUCUGAAAAUGCACAUGAGACAUCACGCAAGCGAGAAACCUUUCACCUGCUCGGUUUGUGGUAAAAGAUUCACCCAGCAAUCAUAUUUGAAAGUGCACAGAAGAAGACACACCGGAGAGAAAGCUUUUCCUUGCACGGUGUGUGGUAAAAGAUUCAACCAAAAAGCUGAUUUAAAUAGGCACACAAAAGUACACAGUGGAGAGAAGCCUUUUUCCUGCUCAGUUUGUGGGAAAGACUUCAUUGAUAAGUCACAUUUGAAAAUACACACAAAAAUACACACUGGAGAGAAACCUUUUCCUUGCAUGAUCUGCGGUAAAAGUUUCUCUCAAAAGGGUAGAUUAAAAAUACACACAAUACUGCACACUGAAGAGAAACCUUUUCUUUGCUCAGUUUGCGGUAAAAGUUUCAUUUAUAAGUCACAUUUGGAACUACACACAAAAAUACACACUGGAGAGAAACCUUUUGCUUGUACAGUGUGUGGGACAACAUUCUUGAGAAAAAGUUACUUAAUCAGACACACAACAAUACACACUGGAGAGAAACCUUUCACUUGCACGGUGUGUGGUAAAAGAUUCUAUCACAAAGCUGAUUUAAAAAGACACACAAGAAUACACACUGAAGAAAACCCUUUUUCCUGCUCAGUUUGCGGUAAAGGCUUCAUUGAUAAGUCACAUUUGAAAAUACACACAAGAAUACAUACUGGUGAGAAACCCUUUUCUUGCACAGUGUGUGGUAAAAGAUUCUCUCAAAAAGGAAAAUUAAAAAUACACACAAUCCUGCACACCCAAGAGAAACCUUUUCUUUGCUCAAUUUGUGGUAAAGGGUUUCUUUAUAAAUCACAUUUGGAACUACACACAAGAAUACACACUGGAGAGAAACCUUUUCCUUGUACAGUGUGUGGUACAACAUUCUCGAGAAAAAGUUAUUUAGUCAGACACACAAGAAUACACCUUGGAGAGAAACCUUUUUCCUGCUCAGUUUGCGAUAAGGUUUUCGUGAAAAAGUCACAUUUGGUUGUACACACAAGAAUACACACUGGAGAGAAACCUUGUCCUUGCUUGGUGUGUGGUAAAAGAUUCUCCAAAAAAAGUGAUUUAGACAGACACACAAGAAUACACACAGGAGAGAAACCGUUUCCUUGUACAGUGUGUGGUACAACAUUCUCGAGAAAAAGUUAUUUAAUCAGACACACAAGAACACACACCGGAGAGAAACCCUUUUCUUGCUUGGUGUGUGGUAAAGGCUUCUCCAAAAAAAGUCAUUUAGAAAGACACACAAGAGUGCACACUGAAGAGAAACCCAUUCCCUGCUCAUUGUGAGGUGUGGAGUUAAUUGAUAAGUCACAAGAAUAGACACUGGAGAAAAGCAUUUUUUCUUGCACGAUAUGUGGCAGACCAUUCUCUCAAUAACAGGAUUUCGAAAGUCUACUUUCUGUGGCGAGACCUUUUUAAUCCUCAGUUUGUGGUAAAGGAUUCAGUUGAGAAGUCACAUUUGAAAGACCACAAAGGAAUCCAUGCUGGGGAAUAUCUUGAGAGCUUUAUUUAAACACAUCCAGCUGCAUUGUAAGAACAUAUAAGGGAACUACGAGUACGCAAGACAGCAUGACGCUUAAAAAAAAAUUAAAAAUUGUGCAAAAGAUCAACUUCUAACGUUGCUACCUGACAUGAUGUUGAAAUGUUUGUCAUGUUUGUUUCAUCUGUCACAUGUGUGAACACAUUUUUCUUCUUUUCGACUUGAGUAUUGCACAUCUGACCUUGAAUAAAAGAAACAUACACGA